UCGCGUAUAGCGCGGCGGCACACCCGUCGGCAUCGCGGCCGCGACCGGCCCGCGCUCGCUCGCUCAGUAUUCGCCGAUCGGCCGCGGCGUACGCACGCCACUCACUCGCGCGCUCCCGAUGUUCGUUUACGAUUACAACAUCGCGCCGCAACUCGUAACUUCGCCGUGACGAUGUGGACCAACGUCUCGAAUAUGGGUUAAACGACCGCACCGCCAACAUGAGCCCGGGCGAACGCGCCGCCCUCGGGCGUCGCGAGCCCCCUCGCCCCCAGUACGCUGCCACCGCGCCGGGAUUCCCGCCACCGUACUACCCGCCCUACGGCGUUCCACAUCCGAACGCAUGGCUCGGGGCACCCCUCAUAUCCAUGGCGGGGCGCUCACCGCAACCGCGAAGCACUCCCGUGUCCAAGCUCGCGCUGCACGCUCAGGGGGCACCCCUGAUCAUCCAAAAUAGACAUGACCGGCGAAAAUACACAACCGUUCCCGAGCAACGCUAUCAUCGACCGAUCGAGGACUCCGAGAAGCAUUGUGUGGAUAGAUAUGAUGCAUCGGAAAACAUGAGAAUGAGAAACCAGGCGCUCCAGCCGCACCAGUCCCGUCAAAUAAGAAGCGGACGCAACAACAACAAUACAGAUGCAGUCAGCGUAGCUAGCGAUGAAAGCUCCGGCUCGACCAAUUCCGAAACCAUGCUCCCCAGGAUAAUAAAACCCCGCAAACGACGUAAAAAGGAUAGAAAACCUAAUAACAUAAUGCCACACGAUUUGUCAUCUGGCGCGUUAGAUCUCGGUGAAGUUGAUCACUGUGCGGUUACAAAUAUGGGGCCGACGUCUCGCGGCGGUUACGAGGAAUCUUACUGUCGAGAGAUUUGUUUGCCAUAUCGCUUAGACGUGAAAGUGUUGGAUUACCCGGAUCGAUCUUCUGAGACGUACAGAGUGUCAGCAUUAGGAGAAGCUUUAGAGGCUACAAGAUAUGGAAUCGCAGAAGCCGCAUCGCCAGCAGAGUCAGCAGUCAGCUCGUGCCAGUGCCGCUACUGCGAUCCCGUGGGACAAAUAUGGGACGCCGACUCCAUAGCCCAUUUACUAGAUGAGAAUUCGAGUGGCGAUUUUGCGCCAACUAAACUGGAAGAUUCGAUGAAGGUGGUGGGACCCCUAGGUCGGAGAGGCGCUGAUACUAUGUUGCGACGAAGCUGGAGUGAUCCUUCAUCGAGAGUUCCUGAAAGAAAAGUAAACAGCAGCGACACCGUUUCUGCUCCUAAUCUUUAUUCAUUGUUCCCACCUUCGAGACGAGCUAGCUCCCCGGGGCCCCGCUCUCCACUAGCUUUAGAAAUUUCAUCGGAGAUUGUGACUUCGAUCAACGGUCACCGUGACUUGGAAAUUAAGUUAUUUUCGACCUCGCCCCCGGCGACAAACUCCGAACGUGGCGCCUUUUUCGACGAUAAAAGUGAAAGUGCGGUUAACGAUAAAUGUACAAUCGCGAGCUAUGAUGUAACAGCAAACAGUGUAGUGAAUAGUGACAGAGUCGUGGCGUGCUCGAAAGAAAGCAAAAAAAGUGACGAUGUGGAUUCUGGCUGCUCGACAGCUUUGAUUGCUAGCGAAAUCUCGCGUAAUAUAUGUGAUCUAGCCUUAGUUUCUGCCUGAAAUUUUUGUGGUUGGUAAUCUUCAGUGGUUGUAGAUGUAUGCAAAACAGUCCAGGGAGCACAAGGCUCGUCAAUAAGGCUGGACCUAAUAAUCCAGCUAGGCGAGCACGGAGUGUCUCAAAGUGACGCAGAUUAAAUUGAGAUCUCCGAUUCGGUUUCCUGUAGAUUCUAAAACUAAUUUAUUUUUAACAGUAGCUUAGAAGGAGGACAUGGAACUUUGUCUGAUUUAUAAAAAAAAGUCUGAUUCGCUCUUUUAAACACAUACAUGACAUGUAGGAGAAUCUUCAACAACAGUAGUCAACGAAGCGAAUAUUUAAAUUAGAUCUACAUUUUCGCUGCGAGUAAAGUGAAAGAUGUGAACUGGCACACCGUAUCGCGGCUCGCGUCUACGUUUGAUAUCUAAUUAAAAAAACUAGUGUAGUUGUGUAAAUAGAAUAGAAUCGGCGUCGCUAGUGUGCAUUGUGCAAUUAGCGUUUCACACUACUGACACGGUUGCGCGGCCGGUAGGAGGCGGUAUUGCGGUUUCCCGUGAACCGUGGUUUCACUGCGCGCCGUUCCGGGUGUCGCCCGCGAGCACCGGUUCAUGUACCUAAUCACUGUUUGUCCCCGAUCAUCUCGGCUAUUAAUAUUCACGUUUCCAUUUAAAAUAAUAAUCGACCGUCGAAAGCACGGCAAAUUUCACAUUUUUUGCUUCACGUGUCGAAAACUCGGAACGAAAUAAACGACAAUUUCGGUCUAGCGCGCAAUGCCAGUUUCCCGUUCCCGUUACCGAAUCGAACCUUCAAAAACGUUUUGUAGUUUUAACGCGGCAUUUAUAACAUUUUGUAAAUGUGUUUCGAAAACAUCGAGCUAAUUAAAUACGCGGAUGUGUGGAGCGGCGAAUCAGAAUUUUUAAUAAUAAAUUAAUUUGUAGGUAACGUUGAGUAUUUCUCCGACGGUGGUGUGGAAGACGUCAGAUAAAGUUCCAUAUUGUAGAUAAUGUGAAUAUAACUACUAAGUUAUUCCUCGAAUCUUACUCGGGUCGGACAUCGUUGGGUUUUACAAGCAUGAUGGGCUGUUUGUGUUACUCUCCACUUUUUAUUUUAACGUCGUUUGGCUUAUAUCGGCCGGCGCGCGCGUGGGAAGACGUGAUAAAUCGGUUUUUGCUUUAUUUUUCUCUAAGAUAGGCUCGACGUGGACGAGGAGUCGUUACCGUGUCUUAUCAGUAUAAAAAUUCUUUAGUGCGUGCUCGUGAGACAGUGUCGAGCAGCCCGCGGGGUUCACCUAUGCGGUAUCUUAAUGCUCUCUCCCGGCGACCGGUCCGCCGCCGCCGGUCGCCUCCUGUCAGCCCAAAGUAAAAGCCCGAUAUCUUCACAAUUAAUUGCCCCGAUAGAUACUUUAUUAUCUCAGGCGGGCAUACUUCUUUCGAUAGUGAGCCGUAAAGUUUUGGAAUCCUUAGCCCCAUUUUUUCAAGCCGGCGGAUGGGACGUUUCGAGUUAUUUAUCUCUUUCUCCGUGCGAGACAGGAGAAUGAAUGUGUCCCAAUGUGUUGACAAAAGAGACAAAUAAUGCUUUGCCUUCUGGUCUCACGGUAACGAGUCGGACGUAAACGUCGAGCCUUCUAUGUGUCGGGAUCAAUGUUUUAUGUUGAAACUGUAAAACUCAACGAUUAAACUCGAAAUGUAAAGUUAGGUUAUGUCUUACAGAGCAAGCAUUUUAUACAUGAAAUUAUAUAGGUUUAGUAUUUGUUUGUUUACGUCGUGAGACACGUGUUACAAGCUUGCACACUAUUUUUGUACAAUAAAAAUCAUCAUGCCCUAA